AUUGGUGGAUAGAUUGGCGGACUUUACCCUCGCAGAGUGGUCUGUUGUUUUGUCUCAGCCCUGUGGUCAGACUUCAGUACAGUAUCAACUACAUGCGACAGCGAAGAGAGCCUCCACUCUGCUGAUUUCCACUGUGUGUGACCAGAGAAACAGAGAAACCAUGUCUUCAACAAAUGACCACAAUGUUGUUGUGAGCAAAGACACGUGGGAUUCACACAACAGGAUGAUGUUGGAGCCUCUGUCCGCCAGCGACUCUGAGGUGUUCUCCAUCAUAAAGAAAGAGAAGCACAGGCAGACGUACGGUCUGGAGCUGAUAGCGUCAGAAAACUUUGCCAGCAGAGCCGUGCUCGAGGCUCUGGGUUCCUGCAUGAACAACAAAUACUCUGAGGGAUAUCCCGGUCAGAGGUACUACGGUGGUACGGUGCAUGUUGAUGAGCUGGAGAGGCUCUGUCAGAAGAGGGCGCUGGAGACCUAUGGUCUGAACUCAGAGAAAUGGGGUGUCAACGUGCAGCCGUACUCGGGUUCACCUGCUAACUUUGCCGUCUACACGGCCGUCGUGGAGCCCCAUGGCAGGAUCAUGGGGCUGGACCUUCCUGAUGGAGGUCACCUGACACACGGCUUCAUGACUGAGAAGAAGAAAAUCUCCGCCACGUCCAUCUUCUUUGAGUCCAUGCCGUAUAAGGUGAAUCCAGAGACUGGCUACAUCGACUAUGACAGACUGCAAGAAAACGCUCGGCUGUUCCACCCCAGACUCAUCAUUGCAGGAACCAGCUGCUAUUCCCGCAACCUUGACUACGCCCGCCUGAAGCAGAUCGCUAAUGAGAACGGUGCAUACUUGAUGGGAGACAUGGCUCACAUCAGUGGACUGGUGGCUGCUGGAGUGGUGCCCUCACCCUUUGAGUACUGUGACAUUGUUACCACGACCACACACAAGACGCUGCGUGGCUGCCGCUCUGGACUCAUCUUCUACAAGAAAGGCGUGCGGAGUGUUGAUGCCAAGGGGAAGGAGACUCUGUACAACUUGGAGUCUUUGAUCAACCAGGCUGUGUUUCCAGGGCUGCAGGGAGGACCGCACAACCACGCUAUCGCAGGUGUUGCUGUUGCUCUCAAACAAGCCAUGACGUCAGAGUUCAAGGCCUACCAGAUGCAGGUUCUUGCUAACUGCAAAUCUCUGUCCACUGCCCUGAUUGACCACGGCUACAAGAUUGUGACUGGCGGCUCUGACAACCACCUGAUCUUGCUUGACCUUCGCAACAAAGGGACUGAUGGAGGACGAGCUGAGAAGGUUUUGGAAGCCUGUGCCAUCGCUUGUAAUAAGAACACCUGUCCAGGAGACAAGAGUGCUCUGCGGCCUAGUGGUCUGAGGUUUGGCUCUCCAGCUCUGACCUCCAGAGGCAUGAUGGAGGAUGAUUUCAAGAAGGUGGCCGAGUUCAUUCAUAGAGGUAUUGAGCUGACCUUGGAGGUGCAGAGAAGCCUGGAUCCCAAGGCCACGCUGAAGGAGUUCAUUCAGGCGCUGGCCCAGGCAGACAAGUUCCAGCAGCGGGUAACAGAAAUCAAGGCCGAGGUGGAAGGUUUCGCUGGCCAGUUCCCCAUGCCAGGCCUCCCUGAGCUGUAGAGGGCUGGACCGAUGAUUUAAAAAAAAAAAAACAUUAUAAUGCCAAAUUUUGCUGGUGUGUUGUUUCGUCUGUGUAUUUGUUUUGAGUGUACAUGUGUUCAUCUGUCACAACUCAAAUCAAGAUACUUACUUAAGCUUGGAACUGAUUUUUCUUAAUAGAAAGAUUUGCAGACUGCAUUGAUCCAGUGUUGCUUCAGCACCUUUGCUGUUUGUAGUUUUCCACUGUUGCUUUGGUCUCCAAUGUUACGAUCACAUUUAAGCUUUAAUCUCAAAUCUAAUUUACUGUAUUCAAUUUACAAUUCCAAAGUUUUGUUACACUACUGCAGAUUUAAGCACAAAACAUGAAUAUUAUUUUCAUACAUGACACGUACUGUAUACGUUUACAACAUAAUUGUUGCAUUCAAUUGAAGGAUUCAUAAUAAAUGAAACAAAAGA